AUGACAGGCCGUCAAAAUGAAUACUUUAUUCCGGGUGAAGGAAUCAGCCGCGAGGUGAUCCAAGCAGAUAUCUGUCGGUACCUUGGAAAUGACGCCCUUGUGCGACCGGGCAGCCAUGGUGGCCGCCAGGGAUUUUUUAUUCGUGCCUAUCGGAAUUUGACAUCAGAAAUGAUUGCUGAUCUGAAGGCUGACUCUGCUCGUUGGGAAGCGGACGUCUCACGUCGAGCUGAUCUAGGCUAUCCACGAGGUAGUUACAUUCAGGAUGUGAACAUGUCACACCCCCCUAACACUGGACCAGCGAGCUAUUCCACUUCAGCUGUCCAUGAGGUUCGUCAACAACAGGGGCCAUCCCCUACAACAUUCAGUGCUGCUCCUGCGCAGACAUAUAUGGACCCUUAUUCCCAAGGCUCAUAUGCCGGAACCCAAAAUGCUCCCUACAACCAACCCCCUUCUUCCUACAGCUCCACACAUUCACCUUACGGAUCAGGCCAAGCUCCGUAUCCUCCCCCUCAAGUCACCUACCCUGGCUCCACGCAGCCUGUCGUGACAGCUGCGGAUAUGCACCCUUCUUCCUACACCUACGCGGCCGGCUAUGGUUAUGAGGGCGGCCGAAAUGCCCCUGAGAUACCCAGGACCCGGCUAUGA